AUGUUCUAUAAGUAUGUGAUGAUUGUACUGAAGGGCUCUGUACCAAUGUCAUGUGGUGGGACAGAGCAGCCAGCAGCCUUUGGUGAGGUUGCGUCCGUUGGGGGACUCAACCCUGAUGUAAACAAGGAGAUGAGUGCUGCUAUUUCAAACAUACUUGAAACCAGGUUAUCCGUGCCCAAAAACCGGUUUUUCCUGAAAUUUCAUGACUUCAAGGGCUCCGACUUCGGAUGGAAUGGGUCCACCAUGUAG